GUUAUUUGGAAAUAAAUUCUCUUGGGAAAUGUCGCAUCAGGUCGUUGUCACAAUUCCUGACUUGUAUGGAAAGCACAACUUAAAACAACCUUAUUUUAUUUUGAUAGGAAUUCAAGAAGCAGACAAAGAUUAUAUUUUGGAUGCCAUUCCUUUAUCUCCAAAGGUCGAUUCUUCUACUCACCAGGAGCAAAUAUUUGGCGAGCUGGAAACUACUUUACAGCAUCUUUCACGGAGCGUGCCUUGUGGAUUGAAUAUUCUAGGAAUUUCUAUUUUAAAUAAUAUGGAACAAAAUAUUCUUACUCUCGAAAGCACUCUCUAUAUCUUCAAAAGAUAUUGGGAGAACUAUGGACACUUGUACAAGUGGAAACGUGCUCUACUACUAAAUGUGGAUGAAAGAAAGCCUGUUUGUAAGUUGAUAGAUUUACAAUUUGGAGGGAAAAGUGUUAUUUGCAAGUUGAAAGAUUCCAAUCGAGCCCCUCCUUUAUACUGUUUGGAAACUAUCAUUGACCUUGAUUGGACCGUGCCUUGUUUUGGAGAAGAAAGUAGCGUAAUAAGUUGGCUAUCAGAAGCAAACCAGUCAUUUUGUUCACGUUUGGCCGAUGGAUUUGCUUUUGUUGAUGAGUGUUACUUGUGUCACAAGAAUCAACCGGACGAUUGGUUUCUUCCACAGGACCGAAAACACUAUCAAGUGAAAAUACUUACUGACCAAUGGUUCCCAGGUGGCCAAGAGUCUCACUCCUUUGGAGAUUCUGCUAUGCGUUUACUUGCACAAGUUCCUUGUAGAGUUUACUCAGUGGGAAAGAUUCGUGGCAACCAGAUUGUUCCAUUAUUCCUGCAGGACUGGAAACAAUCUUUUGAAGCUAUUAUUCAGAUUGCUUUGGAAGAAUUUGGAGCUUCAUCCUUUGAUCUGUUUCAUUCAAAACUGAUAUGGAAUUUACCAAAGCGUAUUUUCACAGAGAACUCUCUGCGUACAGUUCCCUAUUGUGACUAUGUAUUAUGUGAAGAGACAUGUCAAAAUAUCAAAGAGCGAAUGAGUUCUUUGUUAGGGUUUUCCUCAAAAGAGUUGGAACAGACGAAAUUAUGUUUUUUUCGACAAAAAGGACUUUCCGAAUCAGACAGCUUACCUAGUUCAGCUAUAUGGCAGUUGCACGCUUUGGAAUCUUCAAUAGCGUCAACACCACAUCAGUGGAAUAGUAUUCCUAAUCGACUUUGGAUUGGUUGUAUUUUGGUUGUCAUGUUGGGUAUACUAUUGGCCACUUUUUGGAGGAACUUUUGAAAGAGCUCUUUAUUACAUUUUGGGGUUUUUUGUUCAGACUAGUAGUGUAGGUGUAAAAAUAUGAAAUGGUACUGAAGUUCACAAAGGAUAAGCGUAAGGAUUCAACUUUUACAAUGGGAUUGAAAGUUGCAUUUCGUUAGCUAUAAAAGAAAUGGCCAGCUUUUAUUCAACCUAGUGAGAGUUUGUGACAACUUCAAAAGCAACGUGGUGUAAAGUACAGCAAAGGAAUCAUAUUGCAAACAAAUUUCUCCUCGAAAGUAGGGUACCAAGAAUGAAACCUAUACUAUUAGAAACUUGUUCUUACAUUUCACCAUUCAUGGACUACAGCAAGUCUCGAUAGAUGGUCGUAGACGAAUGAAUCUUCGUCUUUAAUCUUUGUAAUUUUCUUUUUAACAGUUCUCAAGAGUUUAUGAAUGAAGCUCAGAAUGCAAUAAAUCUAAGGAAGCGUUGGAUACGAUUGGGAAAUAGAAGAUUCUGUCAUCUCUCGUUGUCAAGUUUUGUCGCUCUUAGUAUAUAAUAUAUAUAUAUAUAGAUUGAUAGACGGGGGUAGGGAAAGAGAAAGAAAACAGUAGAAUAUCCCUUGUCUCAUCGAAUAGAAAAUCACAGAGUUCCAGGUCAGUAUUGACAACCGAAGAAAAAUGCUCUUUUAACG